GACGUAUGAGUUACAGUGAUUAUCUUUCAUCCUCAUCUUCCUCAAGUCAAGGAUCUUACUCGGAUUACGAAAGUUCACCCUUGACUGGUACCGAAGAAUAUUAUCCUGUUGUUGCUGGCCAACCUAAAUUCUAUUAUCAACAACAAGUCUACCCAUUUGUACAACAACAAAAUGAACAGCCUGGUGCUACUCCAAUGGGAUAUUAUCCAUCUUAUGACUGUCUUAUUGAUCAUUUAAUGUUACCUGCCGUUGCAUCACCACCACCACCAUCAUCUGCACCCGCAGCAGCACUAAUCAUGAAAGCCGAGACAUCUGGAAAACAAAGAAUCCAUCACUCACGUGCAAAGCGUAGUCCCACUUCAAGUAAGAAUCAAGAUGACAAGAAUUUCCCUUGUCACCAUGACGACUGUGGCAAAGUCUUUAAGCGAUCCGAACAUUUAAAGCGUCAUGUGAGAUCCAUCCAUACCCGAGAAAAACCUUAUCAAUGCCCUUAUGAGCAAUGCGGUAAACGUUUCUCUCGAUCAGACAACUUAUCACAACAUAUUCGUAUUCACCGUACAACCAAAGAUCGUUGUCCCAAUGCUAGUAGAAAGGAAAAAUUGUCACUUUAAAAAAAAAAGCUGUUGCACCCCCUCAUCUCUCAACAUCCCACCCCUUGAUUUUUUGUUUAUACAUCCCAUACUCCCCUUGUUUAUAUUCUUCUUCUUUUUUUUUCACUACAUACUUUUUUUUUUCCUUCUUUCUCAUUGAUUGAUUUUGCGUGCAAGAUCAUAUAUACACACAUACAUUGCAAACAAAAAAAAAAGAAAUAAAAAAAAAAAUUCCCAUGGUAACAGAAAGCUGAGUGAAAAU